GUAAAAGAAAAAUGCUUCCAAAAAAUCCUCAAAAAAGGAUAAAGAGUAUUUACCUGUGCCAACCCGAUAGGCAUGCGGAAACUAACAAUUUUAAAUAAAAAAAGGAAAUAAAUAAAGCGAGGGUGUAUGGGAUAAAUAAAAGAAUAGUAAAAUAAAUGUGUAUUUUUUGUUCAUGGUCAUAUCAAUCACAAUUCGUUAGAUUUUCUGUUGAUUCAAGUGAAGUAUUUCUUGGUGAUUUUUAUGACAAUCAAGAAUGGCUUUUGAUAGAUGCAAUAAUGCAAAACGGAACAAUGGAAUAUUUGGGAAACGAAUCAUUUUCGAUGGUUCAAAUUAUUUUAAUUUUGAGAAGACAAUCUUUUUAUUAUGUUUUUAAUUUAGUUUUUCCAACAACUUUGGUAUCGCUUGUUGCUGUUAUUGGUUUUCAUGCUCCGAUAAAUGCUACUGGAAGAAGGGAAAGUAAAUUUCGUUUAGGUGUUAUGACUUUGUUGAGUUUAUCAGUUAUGUUAUUAAUGCUUGUUGAUGAAAUGAAAUUUGCUCUUGAAUCAAUUCCUGGUCAAAGAGGGUCAUUUUCUGAUGUUCCUUUAAUUGGUAUUUAUUACAUGUCUUUAAUUUUAACAAUUUCUGUUGCUACCUGUACCUCUUCUGUUUUUGUUCAUUUAGAGAAAUAUGGCCUUAGAAAUUCUGGAUUUGCUUCCAUUCCCAACUUUUUACGAUUUUUAUCGGCAGAAAAAUUAUUUUGUUGUUAUGUCCCUCGAAAAGUUAGGCUAAAUAAAGGUGAAAGAAUUAAAAGAAAUAAGUUAAAUUUUACUGAAUUUCAAAAAAGAGAAGCUAAACAACAACAAUCAACAACUAAUUUAGGAGAAAAUUCUAUAGAUCCAAUGAUUGUUAGUUCUACAUCUACAGCACCUUUAUUGUUAUUGGGUAGUGGGGGAGUAAGUGGUGGAAUUAAUGAAGGAGGAUCUAGUAAUUGUAAUUUAAUAUUUUGUUCAUUAAAAAUUGUGGAGGGAGGGUGGGGGGGGGGUGAUCGUUAUUUCAAGUCUUGA